GGAGGAGACCUGGUCCAGCCAGGCAUCAGCUUCCCAGGGCCGGCAGAGGAGGAUCUAGACCCGCAGUACUCAUGGGCGCCGGCGCAGCACUUCAAUGAGGAGCGCUACUCCCCCGCGCCGCGGAACAUGAAAGGACUGUCGGGAAGCCGCACUCAGCCGCAGCUGUGUCCCGGCCACACCUGUGGCCUGGCGGCCCCCGAGGACUGCGACCGCCUGCACGAGCACAUGCACCAUGCGCAGGAGGCCCGGCAGCCCUACCUGCUCAGCCCGGCCGACAGCUGCCCGGUGGACCACCGCCGCUGCUCGCCGCGCAGCUCGGCACACUCGGAGUGCGUGGUGACGCCCCUGGCGCUGGGCGACCACGUGCCCAGCAGCACCUUCCCCAGGAUGCACUACAGCGCGCACUACGACGCGCGGCACGACUGCGCCAUGUCCCACGGCGCGAAAAUCAACCGCAUCCCGGCCAACCUGCUGGACCAGUUCGAGAAGCAGCUGCCCCUGCACAGGGACGGCUUCCACACCUUGCAAUACCAGCGGGCGUCGACCGCCGCGGAGCAGCGCAGCGAGAGCCCCGGGAGGAUACGGCACCUCGUCCACUCCGUGCAGAAGCUCUUCACCAAGUCGCACUCCUUGGAGGGCUCCUCCAAGAACAACGCCAACGGGACCAAGGGCGACAGCAGGGCGGACGACCACCACCACGGCCACCACUCCAAGCACGGCAAGCGCAGCAAGAGCCGGGAGCGCAAGCCCGAGAGCAGGCACAAGUCCGGCAUGAGCAGCUGGUGGAGCUCCGACGACAACCUGGACAGCGACAGCACCUACCGCACGCCCAGCGUGGUGAACCGCCACCUGCUGGACCCCCUCGCCCACUGCUACGCGGACACGCUGCAGAGCCCCUUCGGGGACCUCUCCCUGAAGACCUCCAAGAGCAACAGCGACGUCAAGUGCUCCGCCUGCGAGGGCUUGGCCCUGACGCCCGACGCCAAGUACAUGAAGCGCAGCUCCUGGUCCACGCUCACGGUGAGCCAGGCCAAGGAGGCCUACCGCAAGGGCUCCCUGAACCUGGACAAGCCGCUCGUGCCCCAGGACAUCAAGCCGCCCUUGAGGUCCUGCCACUACCUCCAGGUGCCCCAGGACGAGUGGGGGGGCUACCCCAUGGGCGGCAAGGAGGAGGAGAUCCCCUGCCGGAGGAUGAGGAGCGGGAGUUACAUCAAAGCCAUGGGGGACGAGGACAGCGGGGAGUCGGACUCCAGCCCCAAAACGUCACCCAAGACAUCCCUGCGGCCGGAGCCCCUGCUGAAGGCCCUCGGACAGAGGCCACUUGGAGACCACCAAACCCAGAGCUACCUGCAAGCUGCAAGUGACGUGCCCAUCGGUCACAGCCUGGACCCCACCACCAACUACAACUCCCCGAAAUUCCGCUCCCGGAACCAGAGCUACAUGAGGGCCGUCAGCACCCUGAGCCAGGCCAGCUGUGUGAGCCAGGUGAGCGAAGCGGAGAUCAACGGGCAGUUCGAGUCGGUGUGCGAAUCCGUCUUCAGCGAAGUCGAGUCUCAGGCCAUGGACGCUCUCGACCUCCCGGGGUGUUUCCGAACACGGAGCCACAGCUACCUUCGCGCCAUCCAGGCCGGCUACUCCCAAGAUGAUGAAUGUAUUCCCAUGAUGACGCCCUCCGACAUCACCUCCACCAUCAGAGCCACAGCCGUCACGUACACGAAUUACAAAAAGACACCCCCACCCGUACCUCCCCGGACCACCUCCAAACCUCUGAUCUCGGUGACGGCCCAGAGCAGCACCGAGUCCACCCAGGAUGCCUACCAGGACAGCCGCGCCCAGAGGAUGUCGCCGUGGCCCCAGGACAGCCGUGGCCUCUACAACUCCACGGACAGUCUAGACAGCAACAAGGCCUUGAACCUGGCUCUGGAAACGGCCGCGGCCCAGCGCCACAUCCCUGACAGCCAGGGCAGCUCCAUGCGGACCAGCGACAAGGCCAUGCUGGUGUCCAAGGCCGAGGAGCUGCUCAAGGGCCACCGCUCCUCCAUCGGGAUUCAGGAUUCUGAGUUCCCAGAGCAUCAGCCAUACCCAAGGUCAGAUGUGGAAACAGCUACAGAUUCUGACACGGAGAGCCGGGGCCUGCGGGAAUACCACUCUGUCGGCGUGCAAGUGGAGGACGAAAAGCGACACGGGCGUUUCAAACGUUCCAACAGCGUCACGGCCGGUGUCCAGGCUGACUUGGAGCUGGAGGGCUUCCCGGGACACAUCGCCACGGAGGACAAAGGCCUCCAGUUCGGCUCCUCCUUCCAGCGGCAUUCGGAGCCCAGCACGCCCACCCAGUACGGAGCGGUGAGGACUGUGCGGACCCAGGGCCUCUUCAGCUACAGAGAGGACUACAGAGCCCCGGUGGAUACCGCAGACCUGCCGCCUCCCGACCCCUGGCUGGAGCCGUCCCUCGAGACAGUGGAGACGGGCAGGAUGUCUCCCUGCCGCAGGGACGGCUCGUGGUUUCUGAAACUGCUGCACACGGAGACCAAGAGGAUGGAAGGCUGGUGCAAAGAGAUGGAGAGAGAGGCAGAGGAGAACGACCUCUCGGAGGAAAUUCUCGGCAAGAUCAGGAGUGCGGUGGGGAGCGCGCAGCUUCUCAUGUCCCAGAAAUUCCAGCAGUUUUACUGGCUUUGCCAACAGAACAUGGACCCCAGCGCCAUGCCCAGACCCACCUCCCAGGACCUGGCCGGCUACUGGGACAUGCUGCAGCUCUCCGUGGAGGACGUCAGCAUGAAGUUCGACGAGCUGCACCAGCUGAAGCUCAACGACUGGAAGAUCAUAGAGUCACCGCAGAGAAAGGAAGAAAGAAAGGUCCCCCCUCCAAUACCAAAGAAGCCCCCCAAAGGGAAAUUUCCCAUUACCAGAGAAAAGUCCCUGGACCUGCCAGACAGACAGCGCCAAGAAGCCCGCAGACGGCUCAUGGCGGCCAAGAGAGCCGCGUCCUUCCGCCAGAACUCGGCCGCCGAGCGGGCCGACAGCAUCGAGAUCUACAUCCCCGAGGCCCAGACGCGGCUCUAGGACGGGGGCGGCACCCACCGUUCCGGUUUCCUUUUUAACACGACCCUUGUACAGUGUGUCGCCCCCCUGGUGGCGUCUGUCCUGUCUCCUCCGCCGAGUCCACCCGCCCUCGUGUUCCUUGUGCCAUGGCCGGAGGCUACGGAUUUCCUCAGCGUUUGCUGACUCGUGGCAAGAACGACUUUUUUUUUUUAUCCAAUGGCCUGACUCGCAGUCGGCUCUGAUGGGCUUGGUAGGACCAGCUUACCCUCCGUGUUCCCAGAGGACCGGGACCCGGCUUCCAUUUUGUUAUUUAUACUUUUAUAAACCGUGUGAUAUUAGAGGUAAGAACAGCAGCUAACUACAAACGGGUGCAUCUCGCCGCUCCCCAGAGGCACCAGACGGCCCAGUGGAAGGUGCUACAACCCGAGUGCAGGAAAGAAAGCCCGUUUCCCCCCCGAGCCUCCAGCUGCUCUUCAGUCCCGGCCACGCACCUGCCACGCCGCUGUCCUCGUCCUCCUCGUCACAGGCAGAGAACCUCAGGCUCCUUGCGUCAAGUGUGUGGGGAUGAAAGUGAUCUCCCCACCACCAAACGCCCUGGGGAUUCCAAGUCUGAACCCACUAAAAACACCCAGCACAGCAUCCACGCACUCGAAAAAUAAGCCAAAUGUCCCCACAAGGAAGGUAUGCGUGAAAAGAGAUCAGGGCCUUAAGAAAGGCCAGGAGUAUAAAGAAAAAAAAUACUGUCCUUACGUCUGUGAAACAGUUAUUGUAUUUUUUAGUUCUUUGUAACUUACAAUAUUAUACCCAGUGUUUUCUUUAAGUUUCACCAUCUAAGCUACAUGUGAUUUUUUUACAUAUGUAUAUACCUAUGUCCUCAGAUUGCUCUAUCAGAUGACUGUGCAGGGCAUCCUUAAAAAAAAAGUUUGCUUGUUUCAAACGACAGUUGUGAUGUUGUACAAAGUGUAAGAACCAUGAAUGUGAGUGGUGAGUAUGUCUCAGCUGAAAUGGGGAAGAAGAAAUGCAGUUUACUCUGGUAUCUUCCCAGGAUCCUUGGUCCUGUGCAGCAUUGCUGAAGUCAAGAGCGUAUGUGUUGCCUGUGUUAGACAGGAAGGGAAAAAGAGGUCACAGAUUGUGACUUCUGGCUGUGGAAUUUAAAAAAAAAAAAGUAAUUAGUGUUCAUGACUCUGAUUGGCACCCAAGAAAACAGGAAUGACUCUAAUGAAUAGGGUUUCCACGGGUGUGAUUAAAUCUGGACGCAGCGAUUGGUCCAACACGAUGUCUGUGUCACGAUGCAGACACGUCUGCAAAGGAAAAGCCUGUCAGAUUUUCCCACUGGUCUCCACUGCGGAGCUCUCACUGCUGGUCCAAGCAGCACUGCAGUUGGAGACAGAUAUUUCCGCCCAGACGCCAGGUCUUCCCUCCCGUGGCUCUGAGGAGUGCCAGGCACUUCGAGUGGGCAGAGCAGCUUCGAUUGCCCGUGUAGCACUUUGUUUUCUCACCCUGAUCCGCACUUUAGAAGGCACCUGCCCCCCGUGCAGCCCGAGGGUCACGAGUUCAGUGAGGCGGCUGCACCGUCGGGCGUCCGUGAGACCACGACUCUCCCUCUUCCCCACAUCCCACAGUCCACUGAGCAUGGGGUUCACGGGGGGCAGGGUUGAUAUUAAAGCAUGUUUAGCUUCAAAGUUUUACUUUUUUAAAGCUGAGUAGUUAAGAAUUCCCUGUAAAAACAAAACCCUGUAAAUUGAGCCUCAUAUCUGGUAUAUAUUUUACCAAACAGCCUUAAAAUAUAUUUGGAAGCAAAAAUCAGUAUGAAUGUAUAUCCUUGAAAAA